GGAAUCGAAGAGCAUAUGUGGCCCAAAGCGCGUACGCAUCGACCAAUGCAUGUUGCGAAGUCCUGUUGCAACAAGCCAGCUCAGCUGUUCCUACUAGCUGUGUGUGCCCAAGAAUUUGCACAACAAUGGGUCACCGUGCGAGGUGCGCAGAGAGCAGAGAGCGAAUCCAUUCGUCUUCACCAGCAAGCUCGGACCUUGCUCGGCGGCUAGCUUUCGGCCAAGCGCCUCAAGCCGACCUCGAAUGUUCGGCCAAGCCGGAG